CGCCGGAGGGCAGCCGCGCUUUCCCUCUUCACUUAGUUUUCUCUGCAGGAAAGUAGAUCAGUCGGGACCGCGGGAGCUCGCUUGGCCAGCGAGGCUCCUGUUCCCUUGUCUGCUGGCAGGAAGGCGGGGGGUGACAAGAGGAGUAGAUGCCGGGCCCUCGCUCGGGCGCCUCCGGCAGCGAGAAGUGACCCCCCAGGGAGCCGUGGAGAAGGCACGCUGGAGCACCCGACCGGGUUUGCAGCAGGAGCUGCGGGGACAGCCUCUUCUGCUGCUGGGGCUGCGGCAUCACCGAGCCCCUCGGCCUUGGGUCGAUGCCCCUCCCUGGUUCGGAGGGGAUCCGCUCGGAGCGGCGGGCAGCAAGCUGCCCCGGCGGCCCUACUCUGUGCCGGGAGGUGUGCCAGCUGGCUGCUGGGAUGGGGGCAGCAGCUCCCACAGUUCACCAUAGUGCUGGGCAAGGACAGAUACAUAUUCAUCACUUGUUCAUUCAAAUGCUUUUUCAGCUUGCUUUUUUCCCUCCCCUGUUAGCUUUGAAAUCCAGAGCUCGCAAAGCAUUGUACUGUAGUCUUUUAACUGAUGAAAACCUCAGGUAUUGGAAGCCUGGAAGAACGGGCAAAGGAAAAGUUACAUGACACCAGUCAAAUCUUAGCAGCUGGUUUGAGGGAGAAGCUCCAGGGGCUGUUGGAAUGGCAGUUGGGGGUGGCCUCGCUUGGUGGCUUGUGCUCUAGCUCUCAAGCUGGACAUAAAAGCCUGAGGUGGAAACUGCUGCUCACUAUUAGUUUAGAUGGUGAAUGAAAUCUCCUCGCAAAGACCAGUGUCAAAGUUACGCUAAGCCGUGCAUUGCUGAAUAAGCCACAGUUGGUUGGGCUAAAACCCUAAACCAGGGUUAGGGUUACUAAGAUCAGCAGGAGAAUCCCUUUGGAAGUUUGUCUCUCAGGUACAGCGGAAAAGGCCUCCUUUUGGGUGACCCUACUCCUUAGCGAAAUGGUGAAAAUGCAUUUCUUUCAUUAGGCUUUUAACCCUUAAUUGGUUUUAAUUUUCUGGGUGGAUGGGCUUCAUAUUAUGCGUUUUGUUUUCACUGUUGUAAGCCACCUUGGGUGCUUUAUAUAAGCAGAAGGGCAGGAUACCAAUUUAACAAUAAAUGCCAUGUUUCAGAGGAAGGGUUGCUUUAGCAUGACAGUAGAUUCAAAACCAGGCAGUACAGUAUGGCUUAUUUGACGAGCAGUAACAAAGUAUGACCUGAGCUGGGAUUUCUCUGGGUAUCAGUCUGGGAGCUGCUUGGUGCAGAUGGACUUUGACCCAAGGCAGCGAAGCUUACAUGGCAAGUGUACUGUUGAAGCAUUUUUCACUUAAAGAGCAGGCAGGAACUUUGAAAUGCCUUUCCCUCUCUUCCCCACCAGAACUAACCCAGUUCUCAUGAGGGGGCUUGAGGCUUUUUGGCUGCUAUAUGAGAGGGGAGGAGGCUUCAGGUUGUUUUGCUUUGUUUUAACUCUGGGUUUGAAGUUUGGUUCCUAAGCUGUAACUCUUUGUAAUCCUUAUACUAAACACUUGGAGGAUAGUCUUUGGAUUACUGAUUUCUGAGUGGAAGAGCCGAAAUGCAAUAAUUAACUGGGUGGAGGCAUAUAUCAAUAUUGAUGUGCCUACUUAUUAUGAAAAAAAGCCCAUUUGCCUAUAAAAUUACAAUGGGCAUUGUAAUAGCACCGCUUUGGUUAUCAAGUAACAUUUCCUGUUCCUGCCCAGAUGAUGCUAAACUAUAUCUUGGAGAAGCCCAGCCCGCAUGGACACUGUUGAAGAAUGCAGGUUGCCCCUCUUCCAGCUCUACCUGGGGAAAAUAAGUGAAAGAGAGAUCCUCUUCGCUGCAUAGCUGGUCCCUGGAAAUGGGAUGCCAAUCCCAUGCAGGGGGUAUAAAAGUCAGAUCACCUCCUCCUACCUGCUGCUGCUGCUGCAACCUUGGGCAUAAGUGAAACCAAGAGGUGGGGAACCAUGUCUGCCCUUCCAUCGGCCAUCCAGGCUCCCCAGGGGCCGGCCAAUCCUCCUCCCCCAGAGGUCACCAACCCUAGCAAGCCUGGGAGAAAGACCAACCAACUGCAGUACAUGCAAAAUGUGGUGGUGAAGACCCUGUGGAAGCAUCAGUUUGCGUGGCCCUUCUAUCAACCAGUUGAUGCAAUUAAAUUAAAUUUACCGGAUUACCACAAAAUAAUUAAGAACCCGAUGGACAUGGGGACAAUCAAGAAACGACUGGAACACAACUACUACUGGAGUGCCAGUGAAUGUAUGCAGGAUUUCAACACCAUGUUUACCAAUUGUUACAUUUACAACAAGCCAACGGAUGAUAUUGUCCUCAUGGCACAAGCCUUGGAAAAGAUCUUCCUGCAGAAAGUUGCCCAGAUGCCCCAGGAGGAAGUGGAAUUGCUACCCCCAGUGCCUAAAGGCAAAGCUCGGAAGAUGGCUGCUAGUACCCCAAACCCAGCAGGGGCCCAGCACGCCGCGGUGACUGCCGUCUCUUCAGCAUCUCCCCCAGCCCCCUUCCAGAGUGUCCCUCCAUCGGUGUCACAGACGCCUGUAAUUGCCGUCACACCUGUGCCAACCAUCACUGCAAAUGUCACCCCCAUCACUGCCCCCCCUGUGACGCCUGUGCCACCUACCCCGCCUCCUGCCACCCCAAUCAUGGCAGUUGUUCCCCCAACGCCACCAAUCGUCAAGAAAAAGGGGGUGAAGCGGAAAGCGGAUACCACCACACCCACCACGUCGGCCAUCACCGCUAGCCGGAGUGAAUCCCCCCCUCCGGUUUUGGACUCGAAGCAGGCCAAAGUGGUGGCUCGGCGGGAGAGUGGUGGCCGGCCCAUCAAGCCGCCAAAGAAGGACCUGGAAGACGGGGAGGGCCCCCAGCACGCGGGCAAGAAGGGCAAGCUCUCAGAGCACCUCAAAUACUGCGACAGCAUCCUCAAGGAGAUGCUGUCUAAGAAGCACGCCGCCUACGCCUGGCCCUUCUAUAAGCCAGUGGAUGCCGAGGCCCUGGAGCUGCACGACUAUCACGACAUCAUCAAGCACCCCAUGGACCUCAGCACUGUCAAAAAAAAAAUGGACAGCCGAGACUAUCAAGACGCCCAAGGCUUUGCAGCGGAUAUUCGGUUAAUGUUCUCUAAUUGCUACAAGUACAACCCACCUGACCAUGAAGUUGUGGCCAUGGCAAGGAAGCUGCAGGAUGUCUUUGAGAUGCGAUUUGCCAAGAUGCCGGACGAGCCCGCGGAUCCUCCACCGCCCCCUCCGCCCACUGCCCCCGUGGUCAGCAAAAGCACGGAGAGCAGCCACAGCAGCGAAGGCAGCUCGUCGGAUUCCGACAGCUCGGACUCGGAAGAGGAGCGGGCCACGCGGCUGGCAGAGCUCCAGGAGCAGGACUGUUCCCGAUCAUUGAGGCAGUGCUACAAGGUCAUUGACUCCCGAGACUGGAAUGGAUGGAAUCUCAAGGCCGUCCACGAGCAGCUAGCUGCCCUCUCGCAAGCGCCGGUGAACAAGCCAAAGAAGAAGAAGGAGAAGAAGGAAAAAGAGAAGAAGAGGAAGGACAAGGAGAAAGAGAAGGAGAAGGAAAAGGAAAAGCACAAGGCAAAAGCCGAGGAGGAGAAGAAAGCGAGGACAGCCCCGCCAGCGAAAGCGCCCCAGCAAAAGAAAGCACCAGCCAAGAAGGCCAACAGUGCGGUCCCCACCAACAGGCAGCCGAAGAAAGCCGGGAAGCAGGCCUCGGCGACCUACGACUCAGAGGAGGAGGAGGAGGGCCUUCCUAUGACCUACGAUGAGAAGCGCCAGCUCAGCUUGGACAUCAACCGCCUGCCUGGGGAGAAGCUGGGCCGGGUGGUCCACAUCAUUCAGUCCCGAGAGCCCUCCCUCAGGGAUUCCAACCCCGACGAGAUCGAGAUCGAUUUUGAAACCUUGAAGCCCACAACGUUGCGGGAACUUGAGAGAUACGUCAAGUCCUGUUUGCAGAAAAAGCAACGGAAGCCGUUUUCUGCAAGUGGGAAGAAACAAGCGGCCAAGUCCAAGGAAGAGAUGGCUCAGGAAAAGAAGAAAGAGCUGGAGAAGCGGUUGCAGGACGUGAGCGGGCAGCUGAGCAACAACAAGAAGCCGGCCAAGAAAGAAAAAUCUGGCUCUGCCCCAUCGGGGGGCCCGUCUCAUCUCAGCAGCAGCAGCAGCUCCGAAUCAGGGAGCACAAGUUCCAGCGGAUCCAGUUCGGACAGCAGCGACUCAGAAUGACCGGGGACUCUUCGCCUGCCUGGACCUGAAGCUUUGCAGCGUUCCCUCGCUUUAUUUUUCUAAUGGUUACUCUCUUCCAUCAUGACCAAGUCUGCGUUUUCCACUCUUUUAAAGCAUUUUUAAAGGAUUCAGUGUUACAGAAUGACACCUCCUCUGAAGAGUUUCCUCCUGCUUUUAUUAGGUCAAACGUCUGACUAGACUUGGUGGCAAAUCAUUUGCAUCACUUAAAGUCUCUAAACCCUUUUUUAACCCAAGAUGCUGAAAUGCCGAAGGAGAACUCCACGAACAACGCGUUGGCCGCCUGUGGCCUGAACGCGGAGAUGGGCAGCUUUGCCCUUCCGGGAGGCUCCCUUUGGCCACCCCGGCACUCUGAUCCUUCCUGCCAGGACCUGAGGUGACGGGGGGAGGGAUCUUGGAGGGGGGAGGACCCUCAGUGGAUGGUACUGUAGCAGGAAGAGGCCGGCAAUGGAAGGACGGCCACGGAGACCCGAAACCUCCUGCGCUCUGGUCUGCCGAACCUCCGACUGCAGCCUGGCAGGGGCACGCUUUCUCCAUUGGGAUGAAGAUCGUAAUCUUUUUUUUUAAUAGAUAAGAGGGAAGAAAAAGCUCAUGUACUGUGGAUUGUUUUUUAAAGCUUACCUUUUUAGAUAUUUCUUUUACCUUUUUUUAAUCAAUAUAGAGAUUCACGCUCCUGUUGCGAAAAAUUCUCCAGAGGUGUCUGACCUGUUGAAGGCAGUGCCUGCGACCUGGGUGCAUCACACUCCCUGGGCACAGCACGGGGUGAGGUGCCAUGGGUUGGUCCCCAGCCCCCAUUGGCAAGGCAUUGCGUCUGCCUGCGCAGGAUGGCAUCGCCUGUUGGCCCAUCGGGGGGUAGGAAGGCAUAGCACCCCGGUUCCUCUCCCUGUUUGCCAGAGGAGGGGGCCUGGUUAGCCUCACUGCUUGGGGGUCUCCCGGUCAAGCAGCAGGUGGGACCCUGAGCUUCCGUUCUAAGCCUUGUGUUGGAGGGGGGAGGCUCCCAUGCGGAGUUCCCCUCCAAGCAGCAGGGCGGCUUCUCUGGAGGCAAAGGGGCUGCCCCAGAUCCGCCGAAAGGAGUCCCUGAGUCCCAGGACAGCAGGAAGGCUCCGCAGCUGGUGCCCUCGCCAAACCGUGGGCCAGGCCUCCCUUCUCGCAAGGUGAGCUUGUGUGUCGUGCAAGUGCAGGUCUCCAAAUAAUCAAAACUUUUACCUCAAGGUAUGGUGGGAGAAUAUGCUUUGGGGAAGGGAAGGGGAGGGGUGGGCAAGUGAUGUUUUUGUAAGGUUCAUCCAUUUUUUAAAAGCUAUUUUUUUCUCCAGCCUGCCCUGGAGACCUGCACUUUGCACAUGACACACCGGGAAUUGAUUAUCCUUUUUCAUGUACAUAGAAAUACUUUAUUUAUUAACUCCAGUGGUCACUUAAAAUGUAUCCUGCGUUUUGAAGAGCAGAGAAAAAAUGUAGGUUUGUGUUGUUUUUAAAACUAAGCUCUGAAAAAAAAUUGGGAAUCCUUUUAAUUUAAAUGUAUUUGACUUUUUAACCAACAGGUGCUAUGGAUCUUUGAUAGUUUCCUGUUCUGGUGCUUAUUCCUUGUAUGUGUAUUCAGUUUUGGGGAAAUGGGAUUGUUUGGGAUUCUUUUGGUUUCUUUUUGUAUAGACUUUGGACUUACAGGUAUUGGUAACUUCCAGAUAAAGCAUGUUUUAUUUGUAUAUUCCUAGUCUUCUCCCACGUCGGUCUUUUUCUCUGUAUCUUGUUUUAAAGUAGAACAGUUUGGAAAAAAAAUAAAGCGACAAAGACCCGUUUGAGAGCAGAUGCCCCUUCUGUACUUGACUUGACACAAAGCUUGGGAGCAGAAGCGGGUGCUAAAUUGUAUUUUAUUGACGGAUGCAAUCUGCAGGCCACGAUUCUGGGCAGCUGGUUAAAGAAAAAAUUCCAAGAAUGGUCGAGCUGGCCGUCCUUGGGCCACUAAAUCCAGAACUUCAUCGCCCUCACCAAAGUCCCAGGCGGACUGAGCGGUGCAGCCGCCACAGCAGCUCCGCAGCCAGAGCGCUUUGGGCACCUUGAAAACUCGCUCCUUCCAGCGAACAAGGAUCUACCUCGCUGGAGGCAGAUAUUUGGGGGCAUCAUGGAGUGUCCAAACGAAAGGAGAAAGGGCCACUGAUAAUUUGAUAAUUGUUUACCAAGGGUAAAAUACGCACAAGAAGCAGAUGCUGCGGCUGACUGAAGAAAGCUGACGGCCCCGAUCCGCAAGGGGUUGUUUCACAGAAUGGAGCUAUUUGAACCCAGUUCUCCCACCAGAAGCCAAGCUGUACCUUCAGAUCAAGGGCAGGUGCCACUCUCUGACAGUCAUAGUUACAGCUGCUCCAGGCCCCAAGGAAAGCCAUCUGGGAAGCCCAGAACUUGGAACUGGCAUUCAAAGUGGGUUUUGGAUUAUCAAGCCAUUCCUGGACGUCCCAAUCUACCAUGUCAUCUGGAACCAAGUUUGGCAACUUGCGUGCCUGGAUGGGAUGGCUAACCUGGGGACCCUGCCAUCGGCAUCGGGGCCUGACAGCUGGAGGUCAAGUCUCAUUUUCUGUGCAAGCAGAGUUUUCCCACUGGCAUCUAAGCCCAGCUGGCUCCUUUGCCCUGUACCUGCAAACCAGCAGCUCACGGCUCAGCCAACAACUGCAAGCUGCGGCCAAACCCGAGAGUGUGGAGAUGUCGCUGUUUAAGCUCUUGUGUGGAUUCUGUCUCUCGGGGUGGUCCAGAGGCUUUGGAAGGGAUGGCACACCCAUCCAUCUGCAGGCCAGAUUUCAGCAAGCGAGUUUUGCCCAUCAGCGAUAUUCCCUGGUUGUGGAAUCGGGAGCUUACCAGUGAGGGUGUCGGCAACCAGCGGAGAAGCUGGCCUGGCCUGCGAGGAACACGAAGGGGGGCCGACGCACAAGGGCAAGCAGCAGAGAGGAAGCCCCUGGACUGAGCGCUGCAGUGUUUCUCCCCACGCCUGUCAGGGCCUCUGGGAAUCAUCGUCACAGCAGGAACCUUCGGAGCCCAGAAGGAAGCGCCAGAGACAGCUCUGGAACAGCUCCGUCCUGCAUGGUGGGGGACGCCGGAGGAGACCUGCAGAGUAGCACAGAAUCUGUUUCCCAAGGAGCAGCGCCACCCAACUUUGCCCUGGGUUCAAAACAAACUUCAGGGCACGGCUUUGAGGACCAGGACUGGGGUCCAGAUUUACCCCAUGGUCCAAGAGGAAACUCCUGUGGAGCAGGGUUCAGGCUUCCCCAACCAGGACCUCACAGGAAAGGGGCUAAAUUUCUUUCUCUCACCCAAUCUAGGUAGUUUGGACUACAGCUCCCAUCAAUCUCAGCCAGCACAUUAGGGAUGCUGGGAACGGCCUUGAGGGCAUUGGAAAGGGUAGCCUCUUCCUGCAUGUGCCCCAAGUCUCCUUUCGUCCCCCCAUUUCUGUGGAAAGGUCCAGGAGCAAGUAGGAGGGCUGGGAAUCCCUUCAGGGGUUUGCUUGCCUGUAAAAUGGGGGGAGGAAUAUGAGCUGCUGCCCCACUGGGGCUCCCCUCGUUCCUCCCAGCAGGCAGCUGUCUGCGCUUGGCUCACCCAAAGCCACUGUUCCUGUCCAGGGGGAAAACAUCUGAAUGCAGCCUUCUGCCUGGAGCAGUACAGCCCUACUCCAAAGUAACCCUCCUCUAAAGACGCUGCAAAACGUGGGUUCAGGCUAGAGUUAGGAACUUGCUGCCUCCACCUACUGUCCGCCGGUGGGACGGCCACUUGGGGCAGAGGCUGUGCAGCCCCUGCCCUGAACCAGGAUCGGCCCAGGUGGCUCCAGGGUCCGCUGUAACUCUGGUCCUAUGAACUGCACCUUUAUUUUUCCUUCCGAAGAGCCGGAUGG